UCUCUCUCAUCCUCUUGCGCGCUCUCUCUCCAGCGGAUAUAUUCUCUCUCUAGGGUUUGCCUCCCUCUUUCUCACUCUUCCUUGAUUUCAUUAUUUUUCUUGGUUUUGCUCUCACCGUCACUCUCUCUCUCUCUCUACCUACCUCUGUACGUCGUUGUGUCUCUCUUUCUACCGACGCUUUGGUGGCUCUUCUUGCUUUCAAAUUUCAUCUCUCUCUCUCUUGUUUUCUGUCAAGACCUGUCUCUUCUCUCUCUCUCUCCUCAUUUUUACUCUCUCUCUAACUAGUAUUUGUUUUCUCUUCUGUCUCCCUCUUUCAUAUUCUGCUUCCUGUGAUCGUUCUCCUGUUUGUUCACUGUCACGGUAGGAGCUCGCUUCGUGCCUCUAUUCCUUUGCCCCCUUCUUUUACACUCGUUAAUUUUUAUUUCUGUAUCUCUCGUUUCUCUCACUGUAGCGAUCUCUCUAUCGCCGAAAGUCCGGAAUCAGCUUGUCUUUAACGGAAAACGUUUUUCUGCGAUCUUUUGAUACGAUUCUCUGAAAAUUGGUGUUUUGCUGGAAAUGCUCUGAAUUUCAGUAAAUCCGGUGUUUUUUGCCGGAAAUUGCUAUUGUUGCCAUCAAUUUCAAUUUAUUGGACAGAAAUUUAUGUGCUUUGCUAAAAAAUCAGGUUUUUCUGGUCGUAGUUUGUUUUUCUCAAGCAAAAACUGUUUCGUUAGUUUUUAUUGAUUCUGGCCGGAGUCAGCUCUCGUUUUCUAUAAAGUCUGGUUUUCUUUAUCACAAUCUGCACUGGUUUUCCUGAAAUUAAAUGAUUCCUAAAUUACUUUGACGGAAAUUUUCCGGUUAUUAAAUACCAGAUUCUGCUCUUCUUGGACGGGAAUCCAGUUUCUGGUCGGAGUCUAUUCGCUACUUCACCAGUAAUCGGCUUUCUCGUCGGAAAAAGGCUUUCUCACUUGCUUUGAACAAACCAGGUCCCAGUUACACCCUAAUUCUCUACUGAUUCAUUUCUUGCUCUUGCUCUAAUCCGCUGCUUUUCAUACACCUUAAAAUCCAAAAUCUACCAUCCAUUGAAUCUGCUUCAUUUCGCUCCUGUAUUUCUUUCACUCUGGUUCAGAAAUCCACUUGACAUUCUGCCGGAAAAACACUGAUUUUCACCGGAGACCGCUGUUGCCGGAAAACGGCUCAUUGCCCGAAACUUUUUUGCUGUGGUGUCUGAACCUGCCUUGAACUUGAUUCCAAAUCACAUAAAAGGACAUCUCCCAUCUUUCGGACUGGAGGAAAACAGCUCUUCUUCGCCUGAAAGCCGCACUUGUUUACCAGAAAACCGCUUUUGUUGGCCACAGUCUGGUGUUCGACUGGCCGGAAUCCGGUGCUUAGUAGCCGGAAUCUCGUCGAGGAUACGCAGGAAAAAGAGGAUGAAUAUGGAUUGGUGGCAAAAGAUGAUCUUUCCCGUGAGAAGAGUAUGGGUCGCUGUUGCCGCACGUGUGAGAUCUAGAAGAAACGGUGCAGGCCUCUUAAAGCUCCACAAUGAUGUUCAAACUUGUGGGUAUGAAGAUGUACAGGUCAUGUGGGAAAUGCUAAGGAGGUCUGAAACGGAGAUCUCACGACCACGCAAAUGCAAACGAUCCAUUUGGAGGAUCUUUGUAUGGUCCAAUAGGCCUUCGCCCCUGACUCGCGUAUGAGGAGGCGGUGUCUGAGUACGA